AUAGCCACUCAACCCUUCAUUUAAAUUCUAGACACUUUUCUUCUUAUUUUCUUCUUUCAAUAGCCAAAUGGAGAAAAGUGAAUCAACCAAGGUUGAUGCUGUGGAAAACAACAAAGAAAGGAAAGGAAAAGCCCCACUUUUGGGAACAGCAGCUCCUGUUGUUGCUGCAGCUACUCAUGCAAAAGGAGGUGCCAAAAGAGGAAUUGCAAUUUUUGACCUCAUUUUAAGAAUAGCCGCUUUUGCUCCUGCAUUAGGUGCUGCUGUGGCUAUGGCUACUACGGAAGAAACUCUUCCCUUUUUCACUCAGUUCUUUCAGUUCGAAGCUAGCUAUGAUGAUCUUCCAACUUUCACGUUUUUUGUGGUAGGUAUGGCAAUAGUUGUUGCAUACCUUGUCCUCUCUGUACCUUUCUCUAUAGUUUGCAUUGUACGACCCCAUGCAGUUGUACCCAGGCUCCUCCUUAUUAUAUUUGAUACGGUGAUUAUUUCAUUGGCAACGGGUGCAGCAGGGUCAUCAGCAGCUAUAGUGUAUUUGGCUCACAAUGGAAACCAAAAUGCAAAUUGGCUAGCAAUUUGCCAGCAAUUUGGUGAUUUUUGCGAAAGGGCCAGUGGCGCCGUGGUGGCCGCCUUUGUCACGGUGGUGAUUUUGAUCCUCUUGGUGGUUCUCUCUGCUUCCGCUCUUCGAAGACACUAAAAACAAGUUCGUCUUUAUGAAGAUAAAAAAAAAAGUAUUCGCUACUGCUUACAACAUCUUCAUUCACUCGUCACGUUAUUUCAAAAGUGGUUAAAAUGAUGGAAAGUACUUGUUAUUUCAUCUUUGUAUAUUGGGGGAAAAAAAUAGUGCUAUUGGAUUUUAUUGUUGAUGUUUUUCUUUUGUUAUGUUAAGGUGUGGAUCUUGUGUUUCUGUCUUUAUUAAAAAGAAGGAAAUUUGGGAAAGUCUUCUAAAUCAUAAUUGGUUAAUUCAGGGAAUCUAUAUUGCAAAUUAUGCUGUAAUUUUCAUAGUGAACUUUGUAAAUGGUACUUUUCACCCCCUGUAUUAUCACUUAAUUCCAAUGUUGAUUU